UGGGAUGGAGGAUGAUCUACAAAAAUACAAAGUCAUUAGGAAGAUCCAGCUGCUCCAGCAGGCUGCAAGUGAAUAUGACCUGAAUCCCGAGGAGCGAUUUGGGGCCUGGUUCCAGGCGAUGGAGCCCCUCAGUGUUGAUGAGAGCUACUGCCUCUCCUGCCGGCUGGAGCCCACACACCAGAAGACGAGCAAAAUGCGGCUCUUCAGGAGAAAGAGGAACCGGACAUCCUCCAGUUCAGGGCCGACCACCGUGCCCUUGGCAAGGAGCCAUAACCCUCUGGAGACCACAAGUGCAGCUCCUCCUGAGCAGCAGGGCCACUGGGACCCUCGGGGUGCACCGGGUCAGCUCUUCCCCCCCCACCCCAAGUGAAGGAGGACAUCUGAAGACUUUCCCUGGUUUCCCCUAAAGCCCCAGGCGGAGGGCACGACCCCCCUCCAAAUCCCUGACAUCUGCACCCCAGGGACUGUUUAUCCAUUGAGGAGGAGCAUUAGUAUAUGUUUAAGAGUAAAUAUCAGAUUUGAA